AUGGCUGCGUUGAUGCAAUCAAAUACCGAACCUGUUACCAUUUCCAAUCCAUUGUCUGGAUCCUCCAUCAUCUCGAGCCCGCCGGAAUCUGUCACCUUUUUAAAGCAUACGAAACCAGACUCGAGUCUGACCUCCAUUGCCAGCGCCGGGUUAAACGUUUCACGGUCAAGAGACUCAUUGCCGCCCAUGGCAACGACUACACAAGCAGCUGGCUCGGUGGGCCGGCCCAUAGAAAAUGAGAAAGAGGUUGAACAGAACAGCUCGCAAGUGGCAAGAGAGGCUCUCGGUGCAACAGAGAAACAAGUCAAUUCGAUUAACGACUCUAUACAUAUGUCCGAUCAAAUGCAGGUUGAUACUCAUCCAACUUCAGGCCAUGCCUCGGAUGCCUUUGUAACAGCUGAUUCCAAUACCUCCCUUAUGAAUACCUCAACUGUUGCCAGCCCUGGCCCGAUAGAGGACUCGGCUUCACAGGAUGGGGAUCGUCCACGCCAUAGGGACGAAGCGGACUUACAAGACGCAAGUAACAAAUCCUUCUCUUACCCUAUGCCGACCGCAGGCCUUAGUGACCCCCGCCGCGGUCUCAGCUUGCCAAGUUCUGGUUUUAAUAAGGCCGGCCAGCGGUCCCCGUCGGCAAAAAAGCAUCGCUGUCCAUACUGUUCUACGGAGUUCACAAGGCACCAUAACCUCAAAAGCCACCUUCUUACCCAUAGUCAGGAGAAACCGUACGUUUGCCAGACCUGCCAAUCGCGUUUCCGGAGACUUCACGACUUGAAAAGGCACACGAAGCUCCAUACUGGAGAACGUCCACAUAUCUGUCCAAAAUGCGGUCGUCGAUUCGCUCGUGGCGACGCUCUCGCUCGACAUAACAAAGGCCAAGGGGGUUGUGCCGGACGUAGAGCGAGCAUGGGGAGUUACGCUCCGGAAGAUGAGUAUGGUGAUACUGGUGGUCAUCCAGGUGCAGAUGAUACAAUGGAUGGCCUUGUUUAUGCGGAGCCCGAACGUAUGGAUGAGGAGGAUGAACGACGCAUGAGCAUGCCCAGCAUCAAGAAACACGAUGUGCCCACAGAUUCUAUUACACGCUCCAAUACCUCAAAUAGCUUUCAACCGCGGCAGCCGAGCACUUACCCCCCGAUUGCCGCUGGCAGGCCAUCUCCAGGGGGUCUAUUUCCGCCUCCUGCGAGCCACGGUGGCUCUAGCGCAUCGGCUUCUCCUAUCUCACAACCUGGUAACCUGACAUUUCCUCCCCCAGGCCAACCUUCCGGUGCUUCAAUCUUUCAACCAUCAAAUGUCACGGAAAGCCCAAAACCUCUUUCGCCGAAUGCACUGUCUUCGCACCAGCUAGGUCACGGUCCUGAGAAUGUACAGCUUCAUCGCGCCCACUCUCCCGGCAUGACGCAGUCAUUCCAGCAACAGCCAUAUACCAGGGCAGGGCCGUCUCAGUCGUCUGUUACAAAUCAUAGCACUAGUAGUUUAGGCCUUCCCCCACCACAGCCUGGGGCUCCCCAGCUCCCCCCACCCCCUGGCAUGACUACGUCAGAUUCUCGCUUUUCGCUCCACCCUCAAAGCUCUGUACAACCAGCAGCAGCCCCUGCAAAGCAUACCCCAUCCCACAGCCAUUCCAGCAACCACGGUGGGCCUUUGACCUCAAAAUCAGGGCCGGAAGUGACCACAAACAAUAAUGGACAUCUGUCAGGGUCGCAUGACUCUAAUUACGCCGACCAGAAUCGGGAGCGAGAGGAUAAGCUCUGGGCAUAUAUUCGUUCUGUGCAUGAGGAAUUAGCAGCAUUGAAAACUGAAGUAGCCGCUUUAAGGGCGCAGCUUGCAUCGGCAAAUGUUAAUACACUGACAACAUCGACUCCAAGCGUUACACAGCCUCAAGUAGAGGCGAGCGCUGUCAGUGCUGGCCAGCGAUGA